AUGUGCGUCUCCGAAGAAUUCGGACCGCGCUUCUUCGGUUGUCUACUCAAUUUAUGGCUUCUCCCGUUGGUUUGUGGUGUUGGUCAACUCGCCUACUUGUCCACUGGUCUCCUAUCUCCACUACUCUUGGCAUUCAAUUGCGCAAGUAUUUGGACAAUUUGUUUCAUUUCGAUUCAGAGACAUCGGGCUAUUCUCCGACCGCUUUCAAGCAUCUCGUCGCCAUCUAAACCCUUCAAACCGCUGUUAUUCAUUUCUGCAAUGGCUCUUUCGUUCAAUGGCUGUAAAUGGGCGGAGUUUCGAUGGUUUUGGUCGCAUGACCCGACGAAUUCAUCAGAUUAUCAGUAUAUUUUGGCACAUGAGCCGUCGGACUUGGCAAGGAAUGAGAACUAUCAUCGAGUGCUCGACAAUCUCCUCUACCCCCUCCUGGUCUACCUGGUCCCUCUUCUUUUGCUCUCAGUCUUAAAUUUCCGAAUCCUGACUAAUAUUUCCAAUCGGAGAGUGUCAUUCGAUCACAAGUCUCGAUUUGCACAGGAGCGUCGUUCUGUAACAUUGCUCAUUUCCAUCGUGACAAUGUUCUUUUUAUGUCAUACGGGAGGAUUGGCAUAUCGAUUUGUGGACCAGGAAAAGUACAAUAAUUCGGAGCUUUUUGUUCUGCUAAAGGAUAUUAUCAAUUUGCUCUUUAAUGUCUAUUCAUUUACAAAUCCAUUGCUCUAUUUCGUGUUCACUCGCCAAUUCCGCGAUCUUCGAACAAUGUGGAAUUCGCACUUCGCCUCUCCAGCGUCUCGUUCCGAAAGUUAUGCGAUUACGUGA